CUAUUCUCGAGCACGUAAGAGGGAGAUGUAGCAUACAGAUUGUUUGCAAAUACUCCACAUGUCUACUCCUAUCAGAAUCGCCAUCCUAGGCGGUGGCCUAGCGGGCGCAUCGCUCCUGCACGCUCUCCGUCCGCACGAGCACCUCGACGCGCACAUCUUCGAAUCCGCCCCGGCAUUUAAAGAAGCCGGAAUGGCUAUCGGCGUCGCCAGUAACGCUCUCGAAGCACUAGACCUGAUCGGCCCGUCUAUCGGGCAAUGUCUCCAGCGCGCCGGGGCCGUUCCCAUGCGCGGAGUGCGGUUCAUGCUCGCGCAGGGCCCUAGCGCGGGGGAGAUGUUCGCCGAAGUCGACGAGACAGAUGGUCGACAAAGAGUGACUAGCAUUGUGCACCGCGCGGCAUUUCUGCAUGAAUUGUUGGCGGACGUGAGUCCGGAGCGCAUGCAUGCUUCUAAGCAGCUGGAGCGGUUUGAUACGAACUCCGAUGGCUCGCUGACGCUGCGGUUUGCGGACGGGUCGACGCAUAACUGCGAUAUUCUAAUCGGGGCUGAUGGGAUCAGGAGUACUGUGCGGAAGAUUCUUCUGGGUGAAGAUGAUCCUGCUGCGUCGCCUCGUAAUACUGGCGCUUGGUGCAUCAUGGCCCUCAAGCCGUAUGCCCUCGCACAGGCGAGCCUUGGUUCGGGGCCUGUCGAUUUCGAGAAUGCGCGCGAGUAUAUGUGGAUAGGCAACGGGGCGUGGAUCAUGCAUAAUUUGCUGAAUGAUGGACAGCUGGUGCAGUUUGUCGUUGCGGCGCAUGAGAAGGACACGGAGGGGUCGGGUCGUCGGCAUCGAACUGUCGGCGCAGAUGAGAUUAAGAAGCUAUUCGAGGGUUUCCCGCCGCAUUUAGUCAAGGCGGUUAAUGAGUUGCUUUGCGACCAACCCGAGCAACCAGCCAUGUAUCUCUGGGAUCAUCCGCCUGCGCGCACGUACGUCUCUGACUCCGGCUCCAUCUGUAUCAUGGGUGACGCUGCGCACGCCACGACCCCCUGGCAAGCCUCUGGCGGUGGUAUGUCCAUCGAAGACACCCUGAUCCUAUCUGCUCUAUUAGGCCGCGCGAAAUCUGUUUCCGACGCGCGCACGGCGUUAGGAGUCUACGAUAAGGUGCGGCGUCCGCGCACGCAGCGAAUCGUCGAGUCGAGUCGAGGUACGGGGCAGAUUGCUUUAGGAUUGAAUGAAGAGUUUGGUCUGGAUUAUGAGAAGAUGAAGGCAAAUAUGUUGCCGAGAUGGGGCUUUAUUGUGGGCUUUGACAAUGAGAAGCAUCGCGAUGAGGCAUUGGAGUUGUUAGCAAGGGAGUUGGAAGCACAGACAGAGCAUUGAGAUGGAGUCGAAGAUGUAGCGCGUACUGACGCCAAGCGAGCAUUAACGUAACCCUCGACCAUAAGAACAAGCCUUCCAGGACGAGGUCCAUUUCUUUCUCAAUUCGAAACCAGGUAGGAACUCGUUCAGAAAGGACACUACAAUAACUUUGUUAAAAACGCCGUAAAACACUGAAAAGAAAUCAACAAUAAGUU